UCAGAAAACUCUCCAGAUUCAAACAAGGAAGACUUGUUAGCAGAACACGAACUCAUGAGACAGCUUCAACAUCAUCCUAAUAUAAUUCGUCUGAUGGGCGCAGUGACAAUGUCAGGUAUGUCCACACCAUAUUGUGUACUAUUUUUUUCCAUUUAGAAGUUGCAAAUCCAAUUCAGUGUAAGGUGCACCCAUUUGAUGCUGUGAACGAUCCUUUCACAGUGCAGUGAAGUUACGUUACCAAUUGAUUAGGAACACGGUGUUUGGGGAGUACAUCUCACAUGUAGGUUGUUUGGAACGAAAUGCACCUAUUAACCCUGAUGCUCAUUGAUCUUCGGAGGGCACUUUUUUUGAAGGGGUGAGACAGACGGUGGCUUAAGGGUUUGUGUACUGUACUCCGGGUCAAGAGGACCGGGUCAUUUUGUUGUGUUUUAGGACGAGAUAUCUCAGUCUCACAGAGCUCCCACCCUCCCACCACCUCCCACAUAGGUUUAAAUGUGUACCGGUGAACUUUCAGGAAGGCCUGACGAAAUGCUGGAUGGGGGUCUGGGGAGGGGACAUUGUUUUAACGCCCCAUUCAAGAAGAGUCGCAGUUUUGUAGUAGCUUAAUGCUGAUUUACCUUCACUGCCACUUUUAAGAUAAUAACGUACAGGAGAACGGAUAUUGAUCCCAUUGGCUUAACUUUCACAUUUCAGUAGAAAUUUUGGACCAUUUUUGAUACUAUAAGGUCAUUGAACCUGUUUGAAAACCACCCCCACGACCUUUGUGACAACGUGGCAAUCUCCCUCAUGGCUUGUUCCGCUCGAUUUCCAGAUCCAGUAAUGGUUCUCUUCGAGUAUAUACCAUUUGGCGAUCUUCUCGGUUACUUAAGAAGAUCCAGAGGCCUCAGUGACAAUUACUAUAAAGAUCCCGAUGUUAAACCAUCAAGUUCUCUUUCAUCUAAACAGCGUCUUAAAUUUUCUCGAGAAAUUGCUGAUGGUAUGGCUUUCCUGUCAGCAAACAAGGUAAACAGAGUCGUAACCAAUCAGUUUUGA